CCCUCCAGUUGCCAUGCAGACCAUUAGCGGCCGCUCCCUUGCGGGGCGCACCACAAGGGUGGCCAAGAUUGCCAACCAGGGCCGCAGGGUGUGCGUGGUUCGCGCUGCUGCUGCUGUGGAGGAGAAGCCAAUUGGCGCUGCCUGGCAGUUCACCCAGCCUGCUGGCAAGGGUCUGGGUUGGUACACUGGCGCCGAGGAUGGCCACCUCUACGUUGACGAGCUGCGCGUGGAGGACAUCCGCCAGCAGGUCCCCGAGAGCCCCUUCUACCUUUACUCCAAGAACCGCAUCCUUCACAACUUCGCGGCUUACAAGGCCGCGCUAGCGGGUCUGGACUCGCUGCCCUGCUACGCGGUGAAGGCCAACAACAACCUGAUCAUCAUGAAGGAGCUCGCGGCGGCGGGUGCGGGCGCGGUGCUGGUGAGCGGCAACGAGCUGAAGCUGGCGCUGAAGGCGGGCUUCGACCCCAGCCGCACCAUCUUCAACGGCAACGGCAAGCUGCCCUGGGAGCUGGAGCUGGCGGUGGAGCAGGGCGUGCUGGUCAACAUUGACUCGGAGUUCGACCUGCAGAACAUCGCUGCCGCCGCCCGCAAGGUUGGCAAGAGCGCCAAGGUGCUGCUGCGGAUCAACCCAGAUGUGGACCCGCAGGUGCACCCCUACGUGUCCACCGGUCUGGCGGGAUCCAAGUUCGGAAUCCGCAACAGCCACAUCAAGUGGUUCCUGGACGCCAUCCGUGCUGAGCCGCUGCUGCAGCUGGUGGGUGUGCACUCGCACCUGGGCUCCACCAUCACAAAGGUCAACAUCUUCCGCGACGCCGCCGUCAUCAUGUGCGAGUUCGUCAAGAUGAUCCGCGCCGAGGGCUUCAACCUGCAGUACCUCAACAUCGGGGGCGGGCUGGGCAUCGACUACAGCCACCAGGGCCAGGUCCUGCCCACCCCCACAGACCUGAUUGACACGGUUCGUGACAUCGUGCAGCAGCUGGGCCUUACACUGGUGAUCGAGCCGGGCAGGAGCAUGGUGGCCACCUCGUGCGCGCUAGUGAACAAGGUUACGGGUGUGAAGACCAACGGCAACAAGCACUUCAUCGUGGUGGACGGCUCCAUGGCCACCCUCAUCCGCCCCUCGCUGUACGGCGCAUACCAACACAUCGAGCUGACGGUGCCGAGCAGCUCGGAGCAGCAGACGUUUGACAUCGUGGGCCCCAUCUGCGAGAGCGCCGACUUUCUGGGCAAGGACCGGGUGCUGCCCACUCCCAACCCCGGCGACGGCCUGGUUGUCCACGACGCGGGCGCCUACUGCAUGUCCAUGGCAUCCAACUACAACCUCAAGAUGCGGCCCGCGGAGUACCUGGUGGAGGGCGGCAGCGUGCGCAAGAUCAGGCACGAGGAGACGCUGGAGGGACUCGUGGAGGCGUCGUUCGGGGGGCUGUGAGGGGGAUGUGGUGGCGUGAGGAGGGGGAAAGGGCUUUGUGAGGAGGAAAGGGCUCUGUGAGGAGGAGCAGUGGUGGUUGUGACGCAGUAUGGGCGAUCCUGCGCGCGAUUGGGAGUGUAUUUGUCAUGUUCCGUGUUCAUAUAUGUAACAUAUGUCGGGCCCUUACGUGUUUCUCGUACGGCAACGUAGUCGCGCCUGGCAGGCACCAGUUGUCAAAAGACGUAAAAGAUUUGCAUCCCAGUCGCAUCAUCUCGGGACCCUUCCAUUGCGAUAAAAGGCCAGGGCUCAUCGGCACUUCAGGAUGCUUGCCGUACGACAAAAUGACCAUACGGCAAGUCGCUGUGUCGAACGGCGUCCGCAACUCCCAGACUGGAUACGAAAUGCUUGCUGAAGUGAAUCGUUUGACCUGUGGCUUUGCGUGUUACCAUCGCGGCUUGACUUAACCUUGCAUGUCACUGUGUCAUUCGGAAGCAUUUCCCGCACCUGCGCUGGUCACCCAACUUGUACUUGCGUUUAAACAAACGCGUUAAUACAAUUAGUUCUUGCGGUACGCGAACCUAUAAAGCGUUCAGUUCAUUUUGAGCAUUACCCAUCUUUGUAAGCAAGCGCGUCGUUGUCCGGUCAACCCAAAUCAUCAUGUCAGACGCUGCAACUGCCGCCGAGCAAAAUGGCGACUCAACGAAAGCCAGCUUGACGACGGGAAGCCUGGAGGAACAGUUGAUGUUGGCGGCGGCAUCGGGCGAUGCCGACGAAGUUGCGCGACUCAUCGAGCUAGAAGCCGAUGUUGAUUACCAGGACGAGGAGGGUGUGAGCCCGCUCAUGAAGGCUGCGGAGGGCGGCCACACGGACGUCAUUUCCGCAUUGCUGCAAUCCGGGGCGCCAUGGAAUGCGCAGGACAAGAACGGCUACUGCGCAGGCGAGUACGCCAUGGGCAGCGGGCAGCAGGAGGCGAUGGAUCUGCUGCUGGACUUUGCCGUACAGGCGGAGCUGGUGCUUGGGGCGCUGCACAGGCGCAUGCAAGUGGGUGCUCCCUCCUCCUCCUCCUCCGCUGCCCCCAACUCCGACUACCUGUCUCAGAAGCUGGUGUACCGGGACGAGCAGCUGCUGGAUGCGGAUGGUGAGGCGGUUAUGAUGGGCUGGGAGCGGCCACUGAUGCUGCGACACGCGGAGCUCAUCUGCCCGGGCGCGAGAGAGGAGCAGGGGGGGCAGCAGCAGGGGGAGCAGCAGCAACAGGAGCGGGCGGAGCAAGCCGAGGAGGGGCCCUCACCAUCAACCUCCGCAGCACCAGUUGAGGGGCAGCAACAGCAGCAGCAGUCCGGGGGGCAGCAGCGGAGAGGUCACGUGCUCAACGUGGGGUUCGGACUGGGGAUCGUGGACACGGCAAUACAGUCCCACCACCCCGCCCGCCACACCAUCAUCGAGGCCCACCCCGACGUGUACGAACACAUGGUACGGCAGGGCUGGCUGCAGCGGCCCGGAGUACGGGUACUGCGGGGCCGCUGGCAGGACGUACUGCCGGAGCUGCUGCAGGGGGGGCCGUACGACGGAAUCUUCUUUGACACGUACGGUGAGUACUACGAGGAGAUGCGGGAGUUCCACGCCCACCUGCCGCAGCUGCUGGCGCCCGGGGGCGUGUACUCCUUCUUCAACGGGCUGGCCUCCGACAACAUCUUCUUCCACAUGGUGUACUGCAGGCUUAUUUCGUUGGAGCUGGCGGCUCGCGGCUUCACAGUGGAGUAUGAGCCCCUGGCGGUGGGCAGUCUGGGAGACGAGGUGUGGCAGGGGGUGAGGAGCAAGUACUGGCAUUUCGAGACGUACUUCCUGCCGCGGGUAACGCAUGCGGAGGAGGAGGAGGAGGAGGAGGAGGGGAAAAUGGAGCAAGGGGCAGCAGGAGAGGAGCAGCAGUAGCAGGGACAGCUGGAGUUGAGGGAGUUGAUGUGGGCGCCCGGUUGGCAUGGCUGUGACAAUGACGGUGCGGGGAAGGUCGGAAGUAAGGUUGAGGAGCGAGAAAGGGAUGCGUCAGGCGGUGGUGUGGAAGUGUGCUGGUGGGCUGAACGGUGUUGGGUUUCGAUGUAAAUGGGUUGGUUGGACUUAUUGCCAGCUAGCCCUCUUGUUGCAUGGAAACAGACGGUGUG